UUAUCGAUAGCUUGAAGAGCACCGUGCAGGUUAUGUAAAAUAAAAAGUAAAAUUGUUGUUCAAUUAAAAAACCAAAGAAGGCGACCAAACUCCUGUUGAUACCAAGCCAUGGUCUUCCUAAAUCUGCCACUUUUAGUGCGAGCCCGCGGUCCGGAUGAAUUCUGGCGGAAGAGACGCAUCUUUAAAUUGGCCGCGCAUUAUAGAAGUCGCACCCGCAAUGUUUACUCCUUCGCCAUUAGGAGUGUCCAUAGGGCAUUGGCAUAUGCCACGAAGGGACGAAAACUUAAAAAAUUGGACAUGGCACAACUGUGGAGCACACGCGUAGAAGCGGGAUGUCAGCAAUAUGGUGUGGAUCUGGAAACCUUUAAGGAGGGCUUGGCACGUUCCGAUAUUUUGCUCAACAAAAAAACCCUUUCCGAUCUGGCUAUUUGGGAGCCGCGAUCCUUUGAAACUCUGGUCAAGAUCUCCCGAGAGCGGGCCGCUGUCGAAGGAAUGCCGGGUAUAAAGCGGAGGUCGGCCUUUAACCAGGUUUACGGCCUAAGCAACUUGAAGUUGGAUUAAUAUAGCCUUAAGUAGGAGUUCAAAUAUAGACUUUUAUAUAUUUUAACGAA